AUGUGCAAACCUCUCGGCAAGGAUCAAACAAUGGGUGCAGAGUAUCUGUCCAGAUGGACGGAAGGUGUAAACGUAGACAUAAGCGUAAUCCUAAUGGGUCUUCGCGCAAGCACGAAUCUCAUGGGCAAAUUCACGCAGAGUGUCCGGAGAAUCGUUCAAGAUGUGAAGGACGAGGGAACAUCAAGUGGGCAAACGAAGGAAGAGGUGAUUGAAACGAACGAGAGAUUAAGAAUCGUGAGGAUACGACUGGACGGAAGCUACGAGAUCGCUAAACGUGCCCUCGUCGAACUCAUGUGCAAAUAUACUGACAGCAAACAGGUUCGCAACGUGUUUCAACGUUACAAUUUGUUAAAACUAAUGAUUAAGGACGUGAUCAAAUUGGAGACGCAAUACUGGACGCUGGUGGAUAUACCGAAGCAGGAAAAACAGGAGACGGUGCCUGCGUUUGUUCUGCGCGCGUGUUCCAUUAUGGAGAAGACCCAUAAAAGCGGCGAGGGUGUGAAAACUUCGGCCCGGCUGGCCGAGGAAGCUGAUACCAAAAGAGAACGCAUUGAAAGACUCGAAAGUAUGACAACAGCCCAAAUCGAAGCAGAAAACACGCAAAUGACUAACGACCUGUACAGAUUACUGAAAAAGUACACGGGACUGAGAAAUCUCAUUCGAGACUUAAAGGAGGAGUACAAUAGCUCAAAAGUAUAUCCAAUCUUCCCUCGUUAUCCGAUCCUAAAGGAUAUGAUAAAGGACAUAAUGCACAACCCAGACUAUAUGGAGGUUUGUCACGAGGUGGACCAAGCAUAGCGGCCAGACCCCCUCCACCGUUCGCCACGUAUGACCUUGUAAAAAAUUCUUUUUUACAAAAGGUCCUAGCGUGGACGUUGGUGAAGGGGGUGAACCGGAAACCAGCCUGUGCAAGGCUUACUCUUCAUUUGCGGUGAUCGAUAAAUUCGCCGUAAAUUCUGUAAAUUUCUUUCACACUUAUUCUCUCUCUCUCUCUCUCUCUCUCUCCCUCUUUCUCUCUCUCUGUCUCUCUUUCUCUAUAAAAACCUACAUAUCUACGUUUGUUGCGCGUUAAUCGUAUUAAUUUCUCCUAUCGUCUGAUACACAUUCAGUCUAACGCUAAUUGGAGUUUCGUUCGUUGAUCGAAUGCUCGGAGGAAAGAUGUAAGUGAGUGUAAAGAGAUAAAAAGAAAAGAAAAAAAAAAAAAAAAAAAAAAAAAAAAAAGAAAACGAAAGAAAAACGUUGCGUUGCGAGAGAAGAAGAGAAGCACGGAGAAUAGAUUUUAUCAGAACAUUUAUAAUUAAAAGAGAGACGUUCAUUUUGAAGAUUCUUCGUAUGUUGGAACAAUGCUUUUGCAACAUGGCGUUUUGUCGUGGUGUAUUGUCGAGUCACGAACGAUCUGCUACUUGGCGACAAUAAGUAACGAUACAAAGGGGCGAGUUUUUAUUGUACUUUUAUCGAAUAUAAGAAACUUUUUAGAAUUAUAACUAUAUAGUUUAGCGAAGGGAAAUGAAACCACGUAGAGUCACCACACAGUUCUUGUUGUAAUUCUAAAAUUCGACAGGAGCACCAAGUACCAGAGCAAGGAGUAAUUCCAACAUAGAGAAGAAGCGAAAAACCGUUCAUCUUAGUUUCUGAUUCCGAUCGGAAUAGCCGCUUGCACGUUGAAACACAAAAUACAAAAAGGUGUUACACAGGCGCGUUUCACACGCGUGAACGCUGUAAAACCUAGUGUAGAAUUUUUAUUAAGGCAGCUAAACGUCGCUCAUAAGGGAGAAAAUUCUGAGGAAAAAAAUGUUAGAUUUGUAAGACGUGUUCCCUUGUUGCGAGCGUUGUGUGUGCGCGUGCGUGGUCUCUUUGUGUACAAAAAAAAAAAAAAAUUGUAUCCGUAUGCGCGUGCGUGUGCUUGUCGAGAUAAAUAAAAAUGAAAAAGCAAAAAACAAUUAUUUAAGAAAUUAAUAAAUGUGAAAACGCGAUAUUCUGCUUCCUGCUACUCGAUGGUCGUAACACGUGACGCUGGCAUUAAGCAUCGUCGACGUUAAUGAUAGUUUGUUGAACAAAGGAGACCUCUCUUUACCUACGAACAGGACAAACAGUAGCAAUCUAGUAAGAUACGAGUAAUAUAUUUAUUAAAUAUUGCUUCGCGAGUGACGACACUGUUUUUUCGUAACGUAAUCGGGAAUAUUUCUCCAUCGACUACGGUGGAAAUUACUUAAGUAUAACGUUGUUAACUCAUUAAUAAUCAGUGUCAAACGCGAUGGUGUAAUCGUAUAUAAUAUACAUGUUUAUUAUAGCAUGUUGAUGUUGUCCAGAGAAAAAUUUAUGGUACAAUGUUUGUCUCAGUUUAAUUAUCGCGCCAACUAUACGAGAAUAUAUCACGUGCGAAAUAUUAAUAUUAUCAAGUAAUUUCCUCAAUGAAUAUUAGUAAGAUUAAUUUCAAUUUAUUCAUUCGUAUUUUAGCGAACUUCGGACAGUGAUUUAUCUUCUCUUUGGAAAGUUAUUUGAGAACGAGUUCAAAUAUUAAAAGUUCUGUUGCAAAAAAUCGUGCCACUCUUGAAUUCUCUUACGUUAAAAUUUUAAAUUCUAUUUCAUAAAACGAAUGAUUGUACUGUGUAACAUUUGACAAAGUCCUUGAUAGAGAUUUAAGCAAAAUUUAUCUAUCUCAAAUAUAUAUAUAUAUAUAUAUAUAUAUAUGUUUUUUUUGGGGGUCUAUUGAAACUGGAAAAAUUGUUAUCGAUAUCUUUAUUUCGCGCAGGAAGCAGUUUACUUAAAAUAUUCUGUACGAGCUUUUUUUCUACAUCAGUUGACAGAUGUACGUAUUUAUAUUCUACUACUAAAAAUGAAAUUAUCUACUUUAUAUGUUGAGAUAAUGAUAACGAUAGGUCAUACAUAUUAUUAAUAUUAAGAGAGAAAAGUGAAGAUAUAUUCUCCAAGAUAUAAUCGUUACUUUGAUAUGACAAACAUAUCUCAUUAUUGUCAUAUUCACGUACACGUAAUACAUAAUCAAACGAAUUUCAACAAAUUUUCUUUUUCGGGAGAAAUUCGCGCGAUAUAUCACAUUUGUAAUGUCAAAAAAAAAAAAAAUUCGAAUCGCGCAAAUUUAUCAAAAAUCCCCAAACAGCUAAACGUUUCACGUACACGAAUAAUCACGAUUUGCACAAUACUCGAAAUAAGUAUUUCCCGCGAUGGAAUAUUUAUUUUAAUACACACUAUAUUGUGAUAUAUUGAUUUUUGUUUCAAACGGAACACUUGACAGCCUUUAAAGAAUGUCUAUACAUACUGAGCGUUUUAUCGUUAAGAUCUAGUCGUAAAGGAAACAAAAAUUAUGAAUCGUCUACUACGUAAGUAAUAUGUAAGGAAAAAAAAAAAAAAAUCAAUGGCUGACAGCUCGAAAUCAAAAUGCAACGUAUAAUGCGCGACACACAUUGAGACGACAGAACGAUUCAUUGUCGAAAACGUGAAUCCUUUUCAAUGUGCGUCGAUGCCUAGUGACCCAUAAUCUCUGCUCCCUUAUAUGUUAAACACCACUCUUGCAUCCCAAACAAUUACACGAAAUAACGUAUCAGACACAUAAAUAUAUGAUACAAUUCACGAAAAAUGCUGGGUACAGGCAUAUAUAUCUAUAAAGAAAAAAAACAAAAUUGAACUUAAUGACAAGUUAAAUUAUCAAAUGGUACAUGGUAAAUGGUACACUUGGUAACUAACAUCGAGAAAGUAAUUUAUACUCUGGUGAUGCACAUUCCUCUUUAUGAAUGAAACGAAACUCACGACACACGCGCGAAAAUGUAAUCUUUUAUAUUUGAGAAUCAAAUUCUGCAGGCAAUCAAAUAUUUUUCGAAUGGUGUUCGUUUUGUAUUCGCAUCGAUUGCCCUCAGCUUAUGGAUAUCAAAAAGCGUACAAAAUAAAAUUCUAAGCAACCACGAGCUUACACGGACAGUUAGCUUUCAGUUUUUUAAAAGAUUUCGUGAUAAUUUGUGCACAAAGUGUAACAAACCAUUUCUGUGCUGAAACACGUAUGUCAAAUAUUUUGCAGUGAAUCAAACUCGAGCAGCUUCCGAUGUAGUUUACACACGAACGGAAAUUUCAAAAUUCACGUCAAACAAUGAUCGUUUGCAAAUUUUACCGCACGGAAUUACGAACAGAAUGGAAUCGAGAUCUUUUUUUUUUGUCUGCAUCCAGCAAAUCUACAUGAGAAACAACAUACAUACUGCACUGACUGUUUAGAAUAGUGCUUUCGUCGUAGAUAUUUAUCUUACAAUUAGUAAUCUAUAAUGUGUGUAUAGAAAGAAACGUAAAAUAUUCGAAGAAAUUUCACGAUACAAGAAACUACACUACAGCUUGAUAAUUUCUAAUCGAUUUUUCGCUGAUAUUUCUAAAUUCAGUUCUCUAGCGCGAACAACUUUCUCUCUUUUUUUUCCCGACUGUUUAGCUAUCUCUUGCUAAUACAUUAAAACGCAUAAUCAAAUAUUUGCUUGUUUCAUAAAUCAAAAAAAGACUCAGAAUGUUUAAAGAUCAAAAUUCAGUGAAAUCGCAAAAUUGUUAAUUAACUCUAUUAUAUUCUUAACACUCUUCUUGAUACAAACACAAGACCAAAAUUAAUGGGGAAAGAAAUCAUCAAAAAAUAUACACGUCACACGUAUACAAAUUAAUUAUUAAACUUUGUUUUCGAAACGUUGACUGGUUAAAUUAUAUUUACAAUGACUAUAUAGCAAGAUACAUUUAUUAUUAAUAAUGGGAUAAUUCAGUCGCGAAGUCACAAUUGAUAUUUUUUAUGCAAAACAAAAAAUACCUUCUUAGACCAAUGAUCGUGUAACAUUAAGGAGAAUUUAAGAUAUAUCUAGUAUAAAACAAAACGUAUAUGUAGCAAAAGAGUAAAGCUAUACUCGAUGCAAUGUCUCUGAAUUGAUGAAUAUAGCAAGUGUGCUCGCCUUUUUGAUGAAACUAGGAGAGUGCCAAAUAGAUUUUGAAAGUUUAUAUGUGUGCGUGUGAGCGCGCGUGCCUAUAUAAGUGCGAAUAUAACGUUAUGCGAUGGCAUAUAUAUUUGCGAGUGUUACUAUAAAAUUUUUAUAUAGUGUAUCGUACGUAAUAGCGUCGACUAGUAGUUUUAUUUUGCUGGACUGGUCGUUAUAAUUACACGCAAAACUUUCUGACGAAGAAAAUUUUUAUGUACGUUGAUUUCAAAUCGAUCGUGGUUUCAGAAAUGAAGAUGUUUAAGUAAAAUUUGUUAUUUAUAGAUAAAAUACGUAUUAAAGAUCAAUGAUUUGAGUUUGUAAAAAUCGAGGCUCACUCCAGCGAAAUAAACUAUAUCAGUUUAAUAUAAGUAUAAUUAUAUACGAAUAUAUAUAUAUAUAUAUAAAGAUGUCUAAUACGAGAGAUCUACCUAAUGUGUUUAAAAGUGUGUAUAUGGUAGACGUAAUAAUCGUGUUAAUGUCUCCUAGAAAUGUAUAACAUUCAAUGGUGCUUUGGUUUCUCGCGGGAUGUUAUUUAACCCUUUGAUCACGGGUAUAUUUUGAGAAAUCGUGUUCGUAGAAUAUCAGAAAAUGACGAAACUAAUACAUAAAUUGAUUAAUCUAAUUUUAAAUGAAUAAAUAUAAUAUAAUAUACAUAGAAAUUAAUUUGAUUUCAAAUAGAUGUUUCUACGCACUUUCAAACAUGAACAUUAUACACUUAUGUACAAAAUGAUUAAAGCAAUGAAAUCGCUUAUUAACGUUACCCCUGUGUUCUAUUCAAAUUUUGCUUCGACGUUUAUCGAUGUUAUCCGUAAUUGAAGGGUUACGGUUUUCGAUAUUUCUAUGCGUAUGGAGAACACGGUGAAAAUAUACAAAGAGGCAUAUUCUAAUCUUUAUUCCUCCCAUUCUAAUAAAUUGAACGUAGUGACACGGUCGUAGAAUAAUAAAAUUUGUACUAACCGAAACAACCAAAUUUGCUUUGAUCCACGAUUUUUAUACAAAUCGGCACGAUGAUGGCUAAAAGUAUUCGCGCGUCACUUUGUAAAAAUACGAAGUUUCCACGAAAAAAAGAAAAAAAAAACUAUCUCUGCAAAUCUAAAAACGAAUAAAAUAUACGAAGAUCAAUUAUGAAAUCAAAGGACCAUUAUCCGCUGAUUAAAUAUACAUAAGCGUACAAUAAUGUUAAUCGAGUGGCAAAUGAAAUAUGCGGCUUUCUGUAAGAACUUCGAUUUUCGAAAAUUUGUCUCGCGUUCUUGACAAGUGUGUGUUUAUGAGAUCCAUCAAUGAAAAUUCGACCAAUCUGUAUGUCUAUAAUCACUGUUUGGCGCAUGUCUUAUCUACGCAUCUAAACGAUGUACUUCUGUAAGUCAGACAUACAUAUUCGCUUUAUUACGAUAAGCUUUUCGAUGCAUAUCGAUAAGUUAUAUAGGUGUAAAUUUUUACGAACAAGAAAAAAAAAAUAACAAAUAUAUAUAUUUUGACAGAAACUUCAUGAGGAAGUUCGCGAAAUCUUGAGGAAAUCCUUCACCGAGACUAUUCGAUUAGCGUUUACACGAUACAUUUGCAAACAUUUGCGAACACUUGCGAGCAAAUGACGAACGAAUAUUGUAUUUCCGUGUAAGAGAAUUCUAACAGCUUCAUAAUAUUUCCCGAUAUAAUGUACGAUGUCGCAGAUCGAAUUGUUUCGGACGUUCUAGAUCCCAUUGUGCGAAUGUUUUUAAAUACUUUCGUAUUCCAAACGAAAUAUACAUACCGUGGGAUCACAGUCCAUCUUAAAAAAAGAAGAAGAAUUUGAUGAUGUAGAGUUUUCUAAUUUCAUAACCGCUAGCGCGUGACCCUAGGUUUCUGUUUUCUUAACAUUGCAUUACAGAUUGCCCUGUCUGUCGUUGAACAAAAUGAUUCGUUUUACGCGCAAUUAGGAUACACAGCAUAUAGCAAAGGUAUCGUCAAGAUAUCUAUUAUUAGUACGGCUAGCUUUGUGUACUUCAUUGUGAGACGUGCGGUUUAAUAAACGGACUGUACACAGGCUAUAAUAAAUAUAAUAAAUCAAUCAUCAUGCUAGAUCAACUGAGAGAACAGAUUACAUAAGAUUAUGCAAGUUGUCAGUUAUCAUUCGCAUCGUGCGAUCUUUGCAGUCAAUAGCUGUCGAGACAUGAAUUUUUAGAUCGAUAUGUGAACCUUAUUAAGGUCGCAAACGAUUCACAAAUACUUCACGAACUUCAAUCAUCAGUACCAUUAAUCGCUAGUCCGUAUAGAAUUUAUUAUCACAUACAUAU